AAUUUCAAAAAAAUAUCACAGUUAGGUCAGGUUCACCGUGUCGGAAAUCGGUGAAUUCAAACUCAACCCUGAAGAAACAACGAAAUGGUGAAGGGCGUAAUCGGAGAAGAAACCCGAUUCCAACCCAUCGAUGAUCGUCUCACCAAAUCCGCAUCUCCAGCCGAGGUAGGUCUACUGAUCGGAAAAUUCAGCUCCACAUUGGAUCGUGUUUUCCUCUUCGAUUUGAUCCCAACUCCUCCCAAUGAUUCCGGUGAACCCGCUUCUUCCAUCACCCAACCUGAUAAGAAAACCGCUUCCAAGUCGAAAUCUCAAACCCUCGAUUCUUCUUCUUUGUUUAUUGAUAAGGAUUGGGUUUCCGAACAUGCUCGUCAGGUUUCUAGAAUGUUGGUUGGUGGGAUUAAGGUUGUUGGUGUGUAUGUUUGGGUCAGUGACAGUGCUUUCAAGAAUUCAACCAUUAUGCUUUGCCAGACAGUGAAGGGAGUUGCUGAAGCAGCACCGCUUUCAGAGGCUAACUGGGGUGAAAGACUGCUUCUUCACAUUUGUUAUGGCCAGAGAAGGUGGAAUUGUAGAAACUGCUCACUAUCUUCAAAUAUUACAUCUAGCAGUCUACGCCCUUGUGAAUUUAAACUGGGGAAGGUCUUAAGUUCUUUUCAAACUUUUAGAUGCAUGCACAACUUUAACCUCAGGUUACCUAUAUUGCAUGAUGGUGCAUCCAAGUUCCAGACAUUGAGUGAUUUUCUUCAUCAUGCAAUAUCUCUUCAUGCCAAAGAGCUUUCAGAUGCAAAAGCCCUGAUCGAUGGUAAAUUGGUUCUUGAUGAUGAGCCAUGCUCAUCGGAUGGCGUGCAUGAAGUUGAAUUGCUUAUACCAUUUUUGAAUAAUAGUUCUAUUGAAGCAUACAGCCAAAAAGAUGUUUCUGGUAUUCUUUCCUUUAGUGGCACAGUAUGUUCUUUUGCAUACCUGAAUUCAAAAGAGCCAAUUUCACAAGCUGUUACUGAUUUAAAGGGAGAUAUCAUUACGAGCCUGCAAAGUAGAUUGGAUAUAAUCCGUGAUGAGACAGAUGUUGAUUCAGAUAACCAUCAUGAUGUUGGAAGGCAAAUAAGUGAUGAUGAUGUAUCAGUUGAAAAGCCUGUUUCCCAACUUGUGCUGCAUUUAUUGAGAAAAGAAUGCAGUCUUCCAUUUCCUAGAAGAGUUUUCGCACCAUGGUUAGCAGGAACAUAUGUGUGUGAUUACUUGCAGCCUUCUGAGACUGUCGAGGUUUUAAAAGAUCACUGUAUGGAGUUGUUAUCCAUGAAAGCUCCAACCGAAGUCUCUACAAUUUUGGAACCAGAAAAAGAAGUCAUAUCUUUCAAAACUAAAUCUUUCUGGGAUGUAGCAGUGCCAUCUUAUUCAGAAACUCACCUCGUUGAGGACAAAUUGAAACUUGAUGGCAGAGGAGAGAGUUCUAGUAAUAAAUCUGCGAAGUCAGGUCAAAUUAGUGUUGUAGCAGCUGGUCUCAUCCUUCUACUAUCUAUCUUAGUUGGUUUUGUGUUAUUUGUCCUUAAGCGUUGAUGGCUUUAUCUCUGCAUAAAUUCUCUCAUCUCUCCAACAUGAAUGCACAUUUUUGCAUAGUUUCCAAAACUGCAGGCUUUGAUAACUUUUAUACUUUCAAACUUUACAGCAGCCGGUUUGGAAUUUGUUUUUGAAGGAAUGAGGAAGAUCUUUGCAUGGUAUCAACAGCAGUAGCAAAACCAUCAUCAUGUAUUUGUGGAUUAUGGAAAAUUUAAUUUCAAUUUUAUCGCGAUAAUAGCAGGAUAUAUAUUAGACUUAAAAAAUGAAGGUAUAAAUAUCAUGCUGUAUAAUGGUGAAAUAAGAUGCACUGUUUGCUAUAUGCUCUUAAAACA